AUGGCGUAUUCAGUGAACGUCUCGGUCGAGGCGCCGAUCGAAAAUCAAAUUCAAGAAAUCACCUACGAUGGCCAGGAAAUAUAUCAAGCACCUCUUACACUGUCAGAAAACCUGACAAAAGUUGCUAUGAAAAUUGAUUUUUCUAAACAAAACGAAGAUGAAGUUAAUAUGGAAGAAAAUAGUGAGAAGACCGAGGAAGAUUCUAAAGACGCUGCAAACUUUCAGUCAUCUCUGUGGCCAUGGGACAGUGUUAGAAAUAAGCUGAGAAAUGCUCAUACUGAAAUUUGUGUGUUAGCUGAUGUUUUGGCAGUUGCUAAAGAAAAAAGGUACAUGGUACUUGAUCCAGUGCCUAUGGAAAGAGAAGAUGUCAAAAUUUUAGUACAAGUUCAUGCUAGAAAAAAAGCGUUAGCUGGUGCUGCGUCAGUCUUGAUGAUGGGUGCAGACAGAAUGAAAAGUUGUCAAAAUGAAUUAGCUAGAAAUCGAACAACUCCAGAUUUUCACAUAGAGCUAUUAAGGCUGAGGCAAAAUUGGAGACUGAAAAAAAUAUCCAAUUCUAUUAUUGGGGACCUUAGUUAUAGGACUGCUGGUUCGAAGUAUAGCCAAACUGGAAUGUUUGAAAUAACAAAAGCUGAAGAGGAAGAAAAAAGCCAAACCAGUCCACCAGAAUCUCCCAAUCCUAAUGCUCCUGUGCCAUCUGCAUCGAUUCAUAAAAAUGCUUCUGCUCUUAGGGUUACGAUUCCAAGUGAACUGGAAGGAAUCGCUUUUAUUGAAGUACUAUGCAAAAAAGAUCAGGAAUCGCUUUGUAGUGCUAAUAUUAAUUGGUUGAACAGUGGUUCUGGAAAUAAACUUGAUCCAGACACUCAUUGGCAACAAAAAUUGGAAGCUGCACAGAAUGUAUUAUUUUGUAAGGAAUUGUUUAAUCAAUUGGCAAGAGAAGCUGUUCACUCAAAAGCCCCCAUUCCACACAUGGUCGUUGGAAACAGAAUUAUGGCAACUGUGCUUCCAGCAAUACAACUAAUAAUUAUUUUGAGGCAUAGUACAGGCAAUGACAAAAAGCCGGUACCUCAAAACACGGAUCACGAUCAUGUUCUAGAGCAUUCAUUACACCAGUUGUUGCGAGAGGUGCAUUUUAAAAACACUCAUCACACGUCUCCACAUCCGGCAUCAGCUCCACUGGGACCUACAAAACGAAGAUACAAGGCAACAAUAGCAGGGGCAGAUAGAUAUGAACUGCUUGAAAUGACUAAGAGCCAGACCCUCUUAGAACAAAUUAUUCAACAGGCCCAACACUUCUUGAUGAGGAGGCGGACAGAAUAUGUUCUAGAUACAAUUGCUAAAGAAGUCAAAGACCCACUCAUUACUUCCCAUUGGAAUACUCUUAAUUCACCAACGCAAUCUAGUGUAAAGAUUGUUAUUGUUACCCAUGGCUACGAAUUAUUAUUACGGACUUCUAUGAUAGUGCACGUUAGAGAGAAAUCAUUAAAGUGUAUUUGCAAAGAUGGAAAAGUGAUGCAUAUGAGUUAUGAGCCACAGGAAUUAAGAGAUCUAAUAUUCUGCCAAAUUUAUCAGCACCAAAUAAACGCAGUACAAGCUUUAGCAAAAUGCAUGGGCUGGCAGCUUUUAGCAAACAGUCCACACCUUGGAGUAGGAGCUGUUGAACCUUUAGAUAAUGCUAGUAGUUGUAUUUUAGCAUCACCAAUCGGAGAUAGGUUGGUAUUUGAAGUAUUUUAAAUAAGAUGUGAUCCACAGACUGGACUUCAAGUUUCAAUAGCUCACUCACCGCGAAAAGAUUUCUUUCCAGGUCAAUUGGUCAAAGAAAGGAAAUGGGAACAUUUAGGUGGCUCAUUUAAAGAAGUAAGAUGGGACAAAAUGGAAGGACGAAACUUUCUUAAUAAAAUGGAGUUGCUCAUGGCAUCACUCACAAGCUCAUAA